GUUUCUGGAAAAUCCUUUCUUCAGAUUCUUUAGAAAUGGUUUCUUUAACUGAGGAGGGGUGGCUUUAUCUUCCUUUAGAAGAAUUUGAAGAACAAUAUACCUGAAUUAGAUACCAGGAAUGUGAACUCAGCCUUUAAGGCCUCUGAUACAAUAUCCAUCUAUCUGCAAAAUUGUUACCUGAAACGUGGAAUAAUAACUCAAGCCAUUUUUCAUGUGUGAAGGGAUUGCGUGACUCCUCAGUAAUAACAAUCCUUUGGUGCAGCUUCAUCCCAGUUUCCUAUCAGUGUCUCCACUGCUGUGAGAUACCACCAAGAGUCUGUGAUGCUCCUCCUGGAUCAGCACUGACAUCCUCUGUGUGAAAAUUCCAGCCAGUAAAAUGCCAGAGUGGUGCGGGGACCUGGAACUAUCAGCUUAAAGAAAAGUGCCGUCAGAACAAGUGUUCUCACAGCAAAAGCUCAACCAGCAAAACCCCGUGCGAGGAAUGGAAUUCCCAUGGUUUCUGUCCCCGGGUGAUGAGCAGGCUCUGCCAGCGGGGCCGCGUGUGCUGGGAGAGCUGUCGGGGUGUUGAAACUGCACCUCCACUGCGGCCGGACAUGGACACAGACACGGACACGACUGCCGGCAGCUCCGAGAGGUUAAACUGAACUGGAGACACCCAGAUUUCAGCAGUGCUCUGCAGCGGCCGGGUGCAGGAUGAACAGUUCUGUCCCAUACAACACGGCUACGCUGGCUUAUGUCUCCCAAAUUAUACCCUUAGCCUGCUCAAUCACCACUGGUUCCUUUCUUGCAGGAGGAAUGCCUGGCUGCAGAGAGCAUUUCUGAGGAUGUGUGUCCGUCCCCAAGGCCAGAGGUCUGUUCCUCCUGGCAGCCACGAUAAACGAAAGGAUGCUUUGCAUGUGGAAUGGAAAAUGGAUUCCGAGUUUAUAAUGCAGAUCCACUCAAAGAAAAAGAGAAACAAGAGUUUCUAGAAGGUGGUGUCGGCCAUGUCGAAAUGUUGUUUCGUUGCAACUAUUUAGCACUUGUAGGUGGAGGAAAAAAACCGAAGUACCCACCCAACAAAGUCAUGAUCUGGGAUGACCUGAAGAAGAAGACUGUCAUUGAGAUAGAGUUUUCCACAGAAGUCAAAGCAGUGAAGCUUCGAAGAGACAGAAUUGUGGUUGUCUUGGACUCCAUGAUUAAAGUUUUCACAUUCACACACAAUCCCCACCAGCUGCACGUCUUUGAAACCUGCUACAACCCUAAAGGUCUCUGUGUCCUUUGUCCAAAUAGUAAUAAUUCUCUUCUUGCAUUUCCUGGAACACACACUGGGCACGUGCAGAUUGUGGACCUGGCUAACACAGAGAAGCCUCCUGUGGACAUCCCAGCUCACGAAGGAGUCUUGAGCUGUAUCGCUUUAAACCUGCAGGGAACAAGAAUUGCAACAGCAUCAGAAAAAGGGACCCUCAUAAGAAUAUUUGAUACUUCAUCAGGGCAUUUAAUCCAGGAGCUGCGUCGAGGAUCGCAAGCAGCCAAUAUAUACUGUAUUAACUUCAACCAGGAUGCUUCCCUCAUCUGCGUCUCCAGUGACCACGGCACAGUCCACAUUUUUGCUGCAGAAGACCCAAAAAGAAAUAAGCAGUCAAGUUUGGCCUCUGCCACCUUUCUCCCCAAAUACUUCAGUUCCAAAUGGAGUUUUUCCAAAUUCCAGGUUCCCUCAGGCUCUCCGUGCAUUUGUGCCUUUGGAACAGAGCCAAAUGCUGUCAUAGCAAUAUGUGCAGAUGGCAGCUACUACAAGUUCUUAUUCAACCAAAAAGGGGAAUGCUCAAGGGAUGUGUACGCUCAGUUCCUAGAAAUGACGGACGACAAGCUUUGACUGAGGGGAGGGGAGUGCACGGCUCAAAGCACCGCCUCAACCACCCCACGCCUUUGAGGGACAGGAUCUGAGUGUCCAGUACUGAUCCAGAAGUUCAGGAGAGCUCAUGGAGAAGCCUGGCUCAACAUGAUCACAAGCAGCUCUGAAGUAGUGGACUACAUAUGUUUGUUCUCAUUUCUGCAAGUAUUCAUCAUUAAAAUCUCUUUGGGUUACUGUCACCAACUCAAGUUUUUAAGAUGUGGCUUUCAACAAGCUUGUGCCUAUUGGGUUUCUCUUUAGUCUAAACUGUGACAUGACUGUAGCUCCAACAAGAGUGCCUGCCACAGGUAGAGCUCUGCGGGGGCUGUCCACACCUUCAGCUGGCCUUAGGAAAAGGGAUGUGAAACCAGAAGAUUUUAGGCAUUGCUUUCUUCCACUGCAUGGCUGAGAGCAGGGGAACACUUCAGAUCCUGCUUUCUCCAGCAGGAGUCCUGCUUCCCCCUUCCCCUGGCACAGCUGAGGGAACAGAGAAGGUGACAAGUACAGAGCAAGGGACAGCUGUAGAUCAAGUCCUGCUUGUCCUCUGAACUGGUGCCCAGGGCUGGGUGGUGGUGGUGGUGUGGCCCUGCCAGUGCUGCUUCAGGUGAGGGAUCAGCAUCACUUGUCCAAGGUGCCAAACUCCGUGAAGCAGCUGGAGGCACCUUUGGGCAAGUGCUGACCCAACUGCUCUCUCCUGUGUGAGCACAACAAGCACCCAGGGCUCCUGUUGUUGUAGAGCUGAUUCCUUCUGUAAUCCAACAGCCGGUACUGGUGUGACAGCUGUGAAACUGCUGCCAAACUACUGCCAAACUGCUGCAAGUGAGAGGCUGGAGAGGCCAUGUCCAUGUCCAGCACAAGAACUGAACAAGGUGGCAGGAAGUUCCAUGUCUGCAAUGGCUUUAAACUUGCAAACUUGUCUUUUUUUUUUUUUUUUCCUUUGAGCUGUCGCAUACUAUUGCUGCUGGCCCAGGGACAGGUAGGUUAGACUGAACCCACUGACUUGUACACUCUUCCCCAAAAAUUGUUAUCCUGUUACUGCUGACCUAAGGCACAAGCUCCUAACCCAGAACCUGAGAUAGCCCCAAGUUUGGCAUCUGUGGCACUAAACACUGGGGCAGGGAGGUCUUGCUCUACUGAAAGCUAAUUUCACAGAUGCUUCAGCCCUGACACUCUGUGACUUCAGCUGCAAACUCUCUAACGUUGACAAGUCCCUUUUAGUGUCAUGUAACCUACUAAGGACUAACUUAUCAUGUUGAUGUCAAGGUUGCAUGUUGCUUUUAUGCGUAUUUAACCACAGGAAUUGUUUUGCACACUUAUUUGUAAUAUGUUAUUUCUUUUAAAUAAAAGUGACUAACUUUGCUG